AUGGUUGCUCGUUUCUUCUGGACUUCCACGGAUAACACCGGUAUCAAUUGGCGAAGCAAAUCAACCCUUCAUCAACCUAAAGGCCUAGGGGGUCUUGGAAUUCGUAGUAUCGGGGCCCUAAAUGAUGCUUUGCUAAUGAAACAAGCAUGGCGUAUCCAAAACCAUCCUCAACUACUACUCUCGCGGAUGUACGGUAGGUUGCGUCUUCAGGAUCUUCACCACCGUCCGACUCUUCGUAAUGUAUCGUGGGGUGCACGGGGAAUCUUUAAAGCCAGUCAACAACUUCUCCAGCACUCGGCUUGGAAGGUGGGUAAUGGUCAUUGUAUACAAGCAGCUUCCGAUAGAUGGGUUGAUGGUACAACGCCGGUUAUAAAUGACCACAUUUCCCUGCGGGAAGCUGCUUCCCUUAAGGUGGGGGACCUCAUUCACCCGGCGGCGGGUCAGUGGAUUUGCAGCAAAGUCCAUUGGUUCUUUUCCCCGUCGUCAGCUCGGAAAAUUCUGGAAAUUGAGCUUCCGCACAAUUUGAACACUGAGGAUUUGCGUAGUUGGCCCCAUUCCAAAUCCGGGCAUUAUACAACCAAAACAGGGUACAUAAUUGCAUUACGAAAUCAGCAACACAAAAUCUAUAGCAUGACAAAUAACCAGGAACGCUUUUGUCGGCUCCUGUGGCGUUUGAACAUCAUGCCGAAAUGGAAAAUCUUUAUUUGGAAAUUGUGGCAAAAUUGCCUUCCCACUGGCGCAAAUUUGGCUCGACGGGGUAUCACGAUGUCUGCAACCUGCCCUAUUUGCCUCGAUGAUCACGAGGAUAGUUGGCAUCUUUUCUGUUUGUGUCCGCUUGCUCUCGAGGCGUGGGAACAUCACUUUCCUUCUCUAAUGCCGCAGCCUGUGGAUAGUCAGACUUUUAGUGACUGGUUAACCAACCACUUGCUUACCUUAUUUCAUCAGGGCGGCCUUCAUAGCCCGCACAUUCCUGAGACUAUCGGUCUCCUUUGGGCUAUCUGGAAAACACGCAAUGCUCAGAUCUUUGAGCAUUUAAGGGCCACAUUGACUAGCCUUCAUGUCCAUUUACAGCUUGGUCAGACACAGCAUCAACUGUUUUUGCACCCCCGCCCAUCGCCCAAUCGCUUUUCUCCUCCAGUUCCUCGUAUUCUAGGUCCACCGCCAGGUUUCUACGGCUUCAUUCAGGGUCACUACUCUGACCAUGUUAAGGACAUUGUAAUUCGGAGCGACGGUUCUUGGGACAAAACCUCGCACUCCGCUGUGGCUGCCUGGGUCGCAGAUAUCACUUUCUCAGAAUAUCAAGUCUCUGAUUACCAGCUUCUGAAGGCCGGGUCCGCCCUCCAGGUUGAAGCCCACGCAUGUCGUUUAGGCCUUCUCUGGGCUCAGGCGAAUAACUUUGAGAUGGUCCUUGCUUAUACGGACUCGGCGGAGCUGAUUUCUCUUCUCCAACUCCAAGCAAUAGCCAAUAGCUCCAUCAGUCAUACGCUUGCAGACAUACGAAGGGUGGCUGCCUCUUUCUCCGGCUGUAAGAUCCUGAAAGUUUCACGCGAUGAAGUUGCAAGUGCCCAUGAUCUGGCUAAACAAGCUCGGAACUGGAGUUUCCCCUUCACAACCCACUGA